GCAUGCUGGCAUGGGCAUGAUCUAAACCCAAUAUGGCGUCUCAGCCUGGCAUGAAUCGAGACGUAUUUAAACCAUCAAAUACGCUUGAAAGAACCCCACCAGGGUCACCCAGUGUAGAGGAGAAGGAUAAAUCACAGGCCGAUACUUCUAAAAACGGAGAACUAAAUAGAGCUAAGGCUCAAACAGAGACAAGAACUGACAAUGUGGGACAGGCGCUCAACGAAACUCAAGAACUCGACUCUGACGAUGAUGACCAGGAUGUGGAAGGACAAGGUGGAAGUAGAGUAAAGCGGCUAGACUCUAAUGUUUAUAAACCAUUUGGAAGUCGCUCAUCGUCGGGUACGAGCCAGCCGUCUCACGACAUCUGCCGGGGAGGACCAGGAAGAAGAAAAGGAAGCAAGAAGAAGUGUGGACUCAAGGUUGAAGACAAUCAAGAUGGAGUAUGUUGUGAUGGAUGCAAGUUCUGGUUCCAUCUGGAUUGCCAGAAGGUGCAGUCGGAAACCUACAAAGCCCUCCAGGAGACAAAGGGAGUGUUCUGGUUAUGUUCGGAGUGCCGUGCUAUCCUCCCAGAGCUUGCAAGAAGGGCCAUCACAAUGGGAGAAGAGAAGGAGGAAUCACAACCAAAGGCUGACAAGAAAGAAAAUGUGCAGGAAGACAACCAGGCAAUAAUCUCUGCCAUCAAGGCCCAAAAACAAGAAAUCCUGGCAGCCAUGAAGCAGCAAGAGAAAGUGAUCAUCACAAGCAUCAAAGAAACACAACCAGCAAAAACAUAUGCUGAAGCUGCAAAGAAGAUAGAAGAUCAAGUUGGCAAACUGCAGUCUGCGAUGAAGGGAACAGCGGAAAUGUCUGAAGCAGUCAAUGUUAUCAAACAGAAAAGUGAAGAGCAGAGUGAUAAACUCAAAGGGAUGGAAGAAAGUGUGGUGAGGCAGAUGGCCCAACAAAGUCAAGUCCUGGAGAGUAACACAACCAACAUAGAGAAAGUCGUGAGAUUGAAAGAGAAGGAGAAUAGAGCACAAAACCUGAUCUUCCACAACAUAGACGAGUCAAAGCCUGCCAAUGUUGAAGAAAGAAAAGACCAUGAUGAACAACAAUUCAAGGAAAUGAUGAAAAAGCUUAUGGGAGAAAACAGGAGCUUCAAGACAGAAAAAAUCAUCAGGCUCGGAAAGAAAGAUGAGACGACAAAGAAGAACAGGCUGAUGCUGGUGAGACUGUCCAGCAGGGAAGAGGCAGAAGAAAUCUACAAGAACCGCAUGAGGAUGAGAGGUAAAUAUAGAAAACAAAUACAUAUCCCUGGAUAGAACGCCAGAAGAGAGGAAGAAGUUCCAUGAGCUGAAAAAGGAACUCGAGGAAAAGGGGACUGCCACACACAGGAUCUUUCGAGGAAGGGUCAUCAGAAACCAAUGAACUACCAAGAAAGAAGAAAAGGGGAAAUCAGCUGAUAAAGAGUAAAACUGUUACAGUCAACAUGGUGAAUGUGCAGGGCCUCACAAGAAAUAAACUUCUUGAGCUUGAAGAACUUUUGAAAACAAACUGUGAUAUACUGUGUCUUACAGAAACACAACAAAAAUUUGAAAAGUAUGAAGUUUCUGUAGGUGUUACAAUGAUUGAGAGUAUGAGAGAGAUGAGGGAUAAGAAGGGAGGGGGACUCCGGAUAAUGUUCCAAACUAAGCAAGGGACAAGUGUUGCAAAACAAAGAACGUGUAGCACAGACAUUUUGCAUGCAGUCAUGGAAUUAGGGUGUUUUAAGUUGCACAUCAUCCUUGUAUAUCUGUCUGUAAGGAAAUCUGCUGAAGACUGUGAGAGGAAUAAAAACAUGAAAGCUGAAA